AUGGCCUACGUUGGAGUACCAACCUUGAUAUUGGCUUUGCUUGUGCUAUCCAACGAUUGGAUUUGUAUGUCCUCUUCUAUCAGAGACGUCGUCAAUGGAGGAAUGGAAUCUGGAAGCCCUGUCAAAUGUGUGGACUCUUCAGGUAAUCUCUCCUUGACGUACCAGAACAACAUCUUUACGGACUUGUUUCUACCAAAUCCGAACGGUGGGGUGCUUUUGUUAGGUACAUCACACGGUCUUCGGGAGGCUCCUUCUGAUGGAUUGACUGCAGCUGUUCGGAGCAAAGAUCGUAAGUUUUUGUCCUUCGCUCUCAAAAUGUCAUCCUGCAACAAGGGGCUGAGUACCAUUGCGAAGUUAGAUAACCUCCAGGGAUCCGAGAACUUUGAAGGUAUUGUUCAGGAUAGCGGCCAUAGUAAGAUACUUCCCUACCACCCAAAACAUUCAAGUGUUGCCGCUGUGGAUCAGGGUACUGAAAUGGAAGAAGAUGGACAUGGGUCGAUUAUACACCACGAGAAGGAGAAACUGGCUCUGAAGAAAGCCCAUUGGGAGGCAAUGGCCAAAUCUUAUGAUGAGCUUGAAAAGAGUAUCAAAUCGGUCAUAGGAUCAGAAAUUCUGCAAGCCGACUUGGAUGUCAUGAAAUUAGCUUCUGAGGAAUUGAUCGUCUGCCAUAACCUUUUGCGGACUAUUUAUGGACCUCCGACAUUUCCACCCAAAAAGUCAUUACUCGAAAGUUUAAGCGGUCGAAAUUCCAAUCCGCUUGAUAUUUCUAUAAAAGAAAUUGCGGAAGAUUACAAAAAAUCAAUUUCGGCUCUCGUAUCCAUCCUAUACAAGACCACAAGUUUGCCAGGGAAGUAUUUACAUCUCCGCUUAAGUUGGAACAACUGCAUACUUCAAACCUUAGACUACUUGCGCAAACACAAACUCAUCCCAGUUGACAUAUCACAAGAUUUGGAAAAUUUAUCGAAAGCACCAGAUAGCUUGAAAUGGAUUGCAAGAGAAACUCAGGAGGUAUUCAAGUAUGACGCGUUGUACUGGAACAGAUUCCACAACGCCUUGAGUGAAUUUGAAUUCCUGGAAAACCAUCCACAACUGUGCCAGCUUUUCAACUUAUUUAAAGGCAAGAGUUCCAUUCCUUUGAAGAGAUUCAUCUCGAUACGCUUCAAAAUUGCUGAUAGGCGUGGAACCAUCUCCUCCCAACUUGACAUUGCAAUUGUUCUUUUUUCAGGACUCGGAAAAAAGGAGCAAGACUUCGUCUUGUUCUACCGUUGUAAAUUGAUGAUGAUGGAUUUCUACAGCGAAAGAUUUUACAUGUUUGGAUAUGACCCGAGAAAAAUACCUACACGAACAUUACACAUCAAUUUUCUCACUAAAAUGGAAACGUUACUUCUCCAGGAACUCGACCAUAGUCAUUCUGAGCCACAACCGGUAACCAACUUUUUGGAUUUAAAACAAGAACUAAUGAACAUCAGGAAUGUUUUUAUCACACCAAUUCUGAACCGUGAAAAUCAAGAUGAACCACUACAUCACGUUGCAAGGUUCUCGUACCUGCUGUUGAAUAUUGUUGAGAGGAAGUUUGGUCCAAAUUACAUGGAAAAAUUAGGUGUUGGACUGGACGCACACGAAGCCGUGGAGUUUAGAAGAAAUUUCGAGUUUAUGAAAGCAGUUGGGCAAAUGGAUGUGUGGAAGACUCUCUUCAUGGAUUACGGCUGGUCCCUUCUGAUCAACACGACGCGCCGUCGGGAAGUUCCACAAAAAAUUUGGGAAGAAAGAAGAGCGUUUUACUGGGGAAAGCUCAAGGAAUCGGUCAAUUUUUACGACAGUCUGAUCAAUCGAGAAGUGGAGAAAGAUCCUGCAUGGGAUGGAAGGGUUGCAAGAUACAGACCAUUCUAUCUCGCUAAAAAGGUGUGGGAUUCGGAAAUUCAACAGCUUCAAAUUUACUAUAACUAUUUCAACAUCUUGACAGGGUGGAAACGAGGAGAUGGUCUCAAUUUCCCAUGGGAGUUUUUUCUUCCACCAGACACCGAAUCAAAUUUGAAAACACUGAUCCAAAUUUUUGAACUUGAAAGUGAUGUCUUAUAG